CUAGAUUGCUUUGUUUCACAAGGUAGGUUUAAGUUGCCCUCUCACCACUUCGGGAGUGAACCCACGAGUGAGACAUGGGUUAUCACACAAAACCUUCUCGUGCCCCCAAAUGCUAAUUUGGUUUACAGGCAUCUUUGACGAUCGUGUUUCCAAUUAUUCCUGUCAAUUGCUGGUCGCUUCUCGCAUUAUCGAACCAACAUCUUGGCUGAAACCCGCUUACACCCUCUCCACCAACGCACGUAGAACGAACUAGCGUUCGGACCAUCAAGAACGACUCGACUCGACACCCCUAGCAUCUUCACACUCAGCACACAUCAUGGGUAUCUUCGACAAGCUACAAGCCAAAAUCGAGCUUUACCGACUAGAGCAGCGGUAUGCUCGUCGCAAGCACCGCAGCACAUUUUCGGGGGUCCAAUACGUCGAUGGCGAAUAUGUCUAUACCAACGGGUCGAACUCUUCCUCAGGGACCGUCUCCAAACACUCGACGGGUAGCUACUGGAAGCCUCCCACCUGGGGUUCCUCCGGGGACUCGCGAUGGCGGUAA